AUGGUACCAGAACAGAGAGAUCCGGAGUUGGUGGUUUGGGAAGGCCCCGAUGACCCCGAGCAUCCGCAUAAUUGGGCAUUAUGGCGAAAGCUACGAGUCGUGGUGUUACUCACCUUGUUGACGCUGGUGAUUACCAUCCAGAGUAGCAUCUUUGGCACUGGCGCGGAGGAAUUCGCUCGCGAGUUCCACGUGAGCAACGAGGUGACCAUCCUAGGAACCAGCCUGUUUCUCGUUGGUUUCGCCGUUGGUCCCCCAUUCUGGGCCCCUAUAUCGGAGAGAUACGGUCGAAAAUGGCCCAUGAUAAUUGGCGUCAUAAUCUGCUCCUUCUUCACCCUCAUGGUCCCCCUCGGUCCGAAUCUGGGCUGCGUCCUCGCGGGUCGCUUCUUAUCGGGUCUCUUUGGGAACGCUCCCAUCUCCAUCGUUGGUGGUGCAGCGACGGAUAAUUGGAACGCCAUUGACCGCGGGAUCGCGCUGGGCGUGGUGAUCGGAGUGGUUUUCAGUGGGCCGAUGAUGGGACCGAUCAUCGGGGGGUUUGUCACGGCUCAUCUGCAUUGGAAGUGGAAUAUGUGGCUGAUGGUGAUCUGGGGCUUCGCAAUGGCGCUGAUCUGUGCUGUAUUCCUCGAAGAGUCGUAUGUGCCGGUUGCACUCGUCCACAAGGCCAAAAGACUGAGGAAGAAAACCGGGAAUCCAAACUUGACCUGUGAAUUGGAACAGGCUGGGUUCGAUUUCCAGCGCCUGGUGCGAGUAUAUCUCGUUCGUCCUUGGAAACUAUUCGCGACGGAACCCAUCCUCGUCUUUGUCACCAUCUAUCAAUCCUUCAUCUACGGUAUCGUCUAUCUCUUCUUCACUUCGAUUCCCAUUGAAUUCAAAUCCAUCCGCGGAUGGCAGCCACAGUUAUCCGAACUCCCCCUGGUAGCGCUGCUCAUCGGCGUCUUGAUCGGCAGUAUGAUUAACAUCUUCUACACGAAACGAGUCCUCGCCCGACAAGUAGCAGCCGCCAGAGGGAGCCUAAUCCCGGAGCAGCGCUUACCACUCAUGAUUGUCGGUGGAAUGAUGUUUCCGGCGGGACUAUUCUGGUUCGCAUGGACAUCGUCCCCGGGCGUUCCUUGGCCGGCAAUGGUCCUCGCCGGUCUUCCAACUGGGACGGGGAUGUUUCUCAUCUGGAUCCAGUGCUUCACUUAUAUCAUUGAUGUGUACCUUCCAUUUGCGAACAGUGCCAUUGCCAUUAAUAGUCUGGUACGAAGUCUAUUCGGCGCUGGGUUCCCCCUGUUCACUCCCGCCAUGUAUCACCGUUUAGGGUUCUCGUGGGCAACGAGCUUACUGGCUUUCCUGGGAGUGGCGAUGAUCCCUGUUCCCAUCGUGUUCUAUCGAUAUGGGCAGAAGAUUCGAUCCUGGUCGAAAUUCUCCGUGAAGGAUAUAUAA